UUCACAGUUUUUGCUUGUUCAGUGUUCGAACAGCUACAGAAUAUUUAACCGUGACUGCAUAUCCUGGACUAUUAUUCCUAGUGCAAACUUACUGAAUGAAGAACAAAUAUGAGUUUGUAUACAAGGAGGGUAACUUUGCCUGCGAUCACUCCACUGGUUCUUCAAAAAAGGGUGAUUAAAGUAUACAGCGAGGAUGGAACCAGCAGAGCUUUGGAGGUGCCUAAUGAUAUAUCAGCUAAGGAUGUAUGCCAGUUACUCAUUCAAAAGAAUCAUUAUGUUGACGAUCAUAAUUGGACUAUGUUUGAGCAUCUCUCAAAUCUGUGCCUAGAAAGAAUUAUAGAGGAUCACGAGCUGGUGAUUGAAGUGCAGUCAAAGUGGGAAAUGGAGGAAGACUGUAAAUUUUACAUUAGGAAAUACUAUGCAAAAUAUGAGUUUUUCAGAAACCCAGAGAGAUAUUUUCCGGAUUGCAUGGUGUCCUAUACAAGCGAAGGAAAUUUUACAACGCAGUCUGUGGACGCAUUAAAGAUGUUUCUCAGCACAACUACAUAUCCCGAAGUACAGAGCUACUUAUAUAUGACAGAAAAGGGGAAAAAGUCAUGGAGAAAAAUGUUCUUUGUCUUACGUCGCUCUGGGCUAUAUUUUUCUACAAAAGGAACAUCAAAGGACCCUAGACAUCUUCAGUUCUUUUGUGAUUUUACUCAAAGCAAUGUGUACAUACAACUAUCUGAAAAAAAGCUAUAUGGGGCACCAACAGACUAUGGAUUCUGUCUAAAGCCUAACCAAGGUGGAGCCAAAUACCAGAAACUGCUCUGUGCAGAGAGUGAAGACAGUAAAAUCUGCUGGGUGACAGCAAUUAGAUUAUACAAGAAUGGAAUGCAGAUCUACAAAAACUACAUCAGACCACAACAGCAUCAGAAUGACACCUUUACUCAAUAUGCGUCACCUGUGAGGAGCAUAUCUGAAAAUUCACUGGUGGCCAUGGAUUUCUCAGGAUGUAAAAGCAGAGUUAUUGAAAAUCCUACAGAAGUACUAUCCGUUGCACUGCAAGAAGGAUUGCUAUGGAGGAGGAAAAGUUGUGGACGUAUUAGUACCCACUGUGUUGCAACCACAUCUCAGAAUUCAUCAACAAACAUAGCUGUUCACAUAUCUCAGCCUUGGUUUCAUCACAACAUUUCCAGAGAAGAAGCCCAGAAAUUAAUAGUUCAACAAGGACUUGUAAAUGGAUUAUUUUUGCUGCGGGAUAGCCAAAGUAGUCCAAAAUCAUUUGUUCUUUCUAUGUGUCAUGGACAGAAAAUAAAGCAUAUUACAAUUACACCUGUAGAAGAUGAUGGAGGAAGAUUUUACACAUUGGAUAAUGGUCAGACAAGAUUUACAGACCUUAUACAGCUUGUAGAGUUUUAUCAGCUAAAUAAGGGAACAUUGCCAUGCACUCUCAAGCACUACUGCACCCAAACAACAGUAUAAAGCUACUCCAAUGCAUUUCGCAAUGAAAUCAUUAUAGAUUUGGAAAUGUCUCCUUGUUACUUUUUAACGUGCAAUGCCAGAAAUUGUAAUUUUGCCAUACUGGUUGUUUUUUGUUUUUUUAUUUAUUUUCUAGUGUUAGCGUAUAGUACUUACAGAAGCACUCCGUUAUUAUGUGUAUAAUGUCUCGAUUUUUUCCCCCCAAAGUUAUCAACUAAUGAAAAAGAAACACCUUCGUAGAACAUGUUAAUCAACAGGAAAGCAUUGCAUCAACUGUUUAUUUUAACACUAUAUUUUUUAUUUUUGUAGUAUUGUAAGUACAAGAUUGUUGGAUAAUACAGACAUUUAUUAAUCAGCUGCCAAUUACAUUAAAUCCAACGGU